CAUUUUCUAAAAAUAAAUAAAAAAAAAAACCCAAUCCGCGUGCCUAUAAAUAAAACCCUACACUAACCAGUGUCACUCUCUUGUGUCAUUUCCAAAAUUCCAACGAUUUCGAAAUCGGAGUGCGAGGCUUGUGCUUCCUCCUUCUCCUCCUUCUCUGGGUUUCCACUGUGCCGAUGACUUUUCUUCUCACAAAGGCAUCGUCAUCAUCCAUUGUGGGCUUCCAGUUCCGCCGCCAUUGCUCCUCCUUCAUGAGCCGCCGCAGACUCUGGUGUUCCUGGGAUUUCUUCUUCCGCCACUGGACUUGACUCACCCCAUUUUUAGGGUUGUUUAAAUUUUUCACGCUCAUUAUUUGCUGCUUAUUGCUUUUCCUUCUUCUUCUUGUUGGUUUGGUUUGCUGCUACGGACACAAAUUUCACUGUUGGUGAGGAAGUGUUGUUGGAUUCCGGUGUUGUUGUUGUUGGUUAAGGUCGUUCGUUAGUUUCUGAAGCACUUCCUCUUUGGGUUUUUUGUUUUGUUGUUUUUUGCUUUUUUUUUCUCCUUUCAAUGGCCGAUACAAAAUUGAUUCCAGGGUUUCGUUUUCAUCCCACUGAUGUUGAGCUGAUUAUGUACUUUCUGAAGAGGAAGAUCCUCGGUCGAAAGUUCCCUUUUGAUGUCAUUGCUGAACUUGACAUUUACAAGUAUGCUCCGUGGGAUCUUCCAGAUAAGUCUGUGCUCAAAACUGGGGAUUUGAAAUGGUACUUCUUUUGUCCUCGUGGAAUGAAAUAUUCCACUGGAGGGAAGCUGAACAGGGCUACGGAAUUUGGGUACUGGAAGACUACUGGGAAGGACAGAUCAGUUGAGCACAAAAAUCAGGUUGUGGGGAUGAUAAGAACCCUGGUAUUUCACAUCGGCAGAGCCCCUAAGGGAGACCGAACUGAUUGGGUUAUGCACGAGUUCAGAAUUGAACACAAGGACCUGGCUGACAAAGGCAUUCCGCAGGAUUCCUAUGUAAUUUGUAGGGUAUUCCAAAAGGAGGGCCCUGGACCCAGGAAUGGUGCACAGUAUGGAAAACCAUUUAAUGAGGAAGAUUGGGAUGAAGAUGAGGAAAUUGACAGUAAACAAUCUAUGCCUGUUGCUACUACAUCUGCUCCAGGUCCUGUUCUACCCACUGCAAGUCUUGUUGCGGUUACAAAUGACAUGCAUACCUCUCCAAGUGUAUGCAUGGGACUGACCUCUGAAUUAUGUCUAUCAGGAUUAGUGCCCUCUUGCUCCACACAUCCUUCAGCUCCAAAUAAUCAAGUUGACAAGUUCAAAGAAUCUGAUAACACAAAUUACAUGCAUGCCUCUCCAAGUGGAUGCAUGGGGUUGACCUCUGAAUCAUGUCUAUCAGGAUUGGUGCCCUCUUGCUCCACACAUCCUUCAGCUCCAAACAAUCAAGUUGACGAGUUCAAAGAAUAUGAUAACACAUUAUCCGUGAAUGAUUACAAUGGAAAUGAGAAGGUUGAUCAUCCUGAUCUGGCAAAUAAUGCUGAAGGUGGACCUUAUCAAGAUCCAAAUGAGAUUUUUGGUGAACUAGGGGACCUUGAUAGCUUGCUUGGAUUGGGUGAAGCAGACCUUAGAGGAGACCCUUUUUCCCGUGGCCAGGAGGAUGAAUGUACUACAAACGAAAUGCUGUCUACGUCCUCGUGGUUUUGCGGUGAUGGAGACUUCUUGGAAUUGAUUGAUCUUGAUUCUUGAUCUGCCAUUGUUCUGGCAGACUAAACAAGGUGGAAGUUGGAGCCAAGAAAAUUGAGCAAGUAAUAACUAUUGCUGCAAGUACCUGAUGCGGAUUAUGAAAUGCCAUAGAUUCUCUUACUGUUUUCCGUUUAAGAACGCCUUAGGGUGGCAUAAGUUUUGUCUAUUUGAGCAUUAAUUUCUUGAACUAGCUAGCAUGUUGUCAUGCUGGAAACUAUGUCUCUGUUUUGAUUUAAUUCUUUUUAUGCAGGAGUUUCCCAAUA